AUGGCUGUGUUGAAAUCUGAUAUCAGUCCAGCCGGCGUCACAAACUUGACUGUCCAUUCAUCUUCAAACGAUGAUGACACCGAGAAUCACACGACACAGUUUGACCCCCAUUCUUCCGACGGCGAUGUCCUCUCAGCAGCUGGUGUAGACAUGGGUAACGACGACCCAAGCUUACCGUGUCUCACGCUGAGGAUGUGGGUUAUCGGUAUUGCGUUCUGUAUCGUUGGGAGUGGUGUGAAUACUCUCUACACGUUUCGAUUUCCAUCCGUCACCUUGUCGCAGUCUGCGAUCCAGUUCUUAGCCUAUCCUGUGGGUAAGGCUUGGGAGUUCGUUGUGCCAGACUGGGGCGUCACCGUUUUUGGGACACGGCACAGCUUAAAUCCAGGUAGAUUUAAUCAGAAAGAGAAUAUUCUGAUCUAUAUCCUCGCCAACUUGAGCUACAUGACACGUCUUAGUGCUGAUGUUUUAACUGAGCAAAGGGUGUUUUAUGGUCUGAAGGCUGGCUGGGGGUUCGAGUUAUUGAUGACACUGGCCACCAUUUUGUUUGGCUUCGCCUUUGCAGGUCUGGCACGACCUCUUGUGGUGGAACCGCCCGAGUUGAUCUGGCCGGGUGUUUUAGGAAACACUGCCCUCAACGCUGCUCUUCAUGGCGGAGGCGGGAAAAAAGAUACUUCUGGGCACGCUUAUACUUGGAAGGCGGCACGGUACAGGUUUUUUAUGCUUACCUUCGUGGCUGGAUUUGUUUGGUACUGGCUUCCGGAUCUGAUCUUUCCCGCUCUAAGCUAUUUCACUUGGAUUUGCUGGAUCGCGCCGAAUAAUGUGGUAGUUAACCAAGUGUUUGGUAUGAAGAGUGGCAUUGGCCUCCUUCCGUUUACUCUUGACUGGAGUCAAAUAUCCUACAUAGGCUCACCUCUCAUCGUCCCGACUUGGGUCAUCUUCAACAUACUGGCCUCUGUCGUCUUUUGGAUCUGGGUCGUGACACCGGCCCUGUAUUACUCCAACACUUGGUUGUCAGCAUAUCUCCCCUUACAAAGCAAUUCCAUCUUUGAUGAUACAGCUAGCGUGUACAAUGUUUCCAAGGUCAUUGAUAUGAGAAAAGGGUUUACCUUUGACGAGGCCAAGUUUGCGGCAUACUCAGGCAUCCGGUUGCCGGUUACGUAUGCUUUGAACAAGUUCGGCCUCUCUUUCGCCACUUUUGCAUCGCUUUUUACAUGGCUCUUCCUCGAUAAGCGGCAAGAGAUUGCGAAGCUUGUUGGCCAGGUCCGACAGAACCUACUCUUGCCAGUGGGCCAUGUUUGUGAUGCAGGUGGCUGGAAGAACGAACAUACAGACCGAUUAUCGUCGCAAUCAGACACCUCUUUGUGGUGGUACGGUGCUGCGGCUGUUCUAGGUCUGGUUUUUGCCAUGUUUGCCUGCGAAUACUAUCCUGUUCAGCUACGUUGGUACGGAGCUGUUCUGGCGUUCACAAUAUCUGCUGUUUUCUUUCUGCCACUUACUUGGGUGUUUGCGAUAUCUAAUGUGAAGAUUAAUAUUGAACUGUUCUGUCGACUUGUUGCCGGAUAUGUCUGGGAAGGAAAGGUUCUGGCCAACAUCUGGUUCUUUUCCCUUGGAUCAAUAUCCACCACCAAAGGACUUGCUUUUGCACAGGACCUCAAGUUGGGGAUGUACUGCAACAUUCCUCCUCGUCAUUUGUUCCUUGUGCAGGCAGUAGGUCUGGUUAUCGGUAGCGUGUCUCAAGUCGCCGUACUGAAUUGGGCGCUUAAUCACAUACCCAGAAUUUGUACAUCCAAGGCCCCCAAUGGGUUCACAUGUCCUUUCUCCCGAACCCAUUUCAACACCAGUAUGGUAUGGGGAGCCGUCGGCCCUCGCAAGUUCUUUGCUCCGGGCACGCCUUAUCGACCUCUCCUCUGGUUCUUCUUACUUGGUUUUCUGCUGCCCAUUGCUGUAUAUGGCAUUCGACGUGCAUUUCCCAAGGCACGGUGGCUGCGACGAGUGCAUGUUCCGUUGCUGCUUGGUGGAUUAGGAUAUAUUCCCCCAGCGUCUGGCACAAACUACGGCGCGUGGGCUAUUGUGGGACUGUUGUUUGGGCUCCUGAUCAAGAAAAAGCGAAAUAUAUGGUGGAACAAGUACAAUUUUGUAUUGAGUGCAUCACUUGACUGUUCGACGGCGAUUGCAGGUAUUCUGAUAUUCUUUGCUGUUGUAUACACGGGAGCAUCGAAGAACCUCGCAUGGUGGGGAACCAAAGUACACAUGGACACGUGCGACUGGAAGGCCUGCCCAUACCUGGAGCUUGCCGAAGGAGCAAAGUUGGAAUGA